UCUCUGGUGGGCCUGCGGAAACCAUCUUCUACACACCACCGUCAUCAUUAUCUUCAGUUUGACUCUCUUCCAAGCCUUUCUUUGCACAAAUCUUAGGCGUUAACUGAGGCCCAUCUCAUCUUCUGUUCAUUUUUGCUCAGAUUAGUGUCAAAGAUGGAUGAUGAUUCUGCCAAAUCUGGUGCUAGAUUGGAAGUUUCGGUUUCAUUUGGUAGGUUUGAGAACGAUGCACUCUCAUGGGAGAAAUGGUCUUCUUUCUCCCCCAACAAGUAUUUGGAGGAAGUCGGGAGCUUAUCAACGCCAGGAUCGGUGGCACAGAAAAAGGCCUAUUUCGAAGCUCAUUACAAAAAGAUAGCAGCUAGGAAAGCUGAGGAGAUGGAGCAGGAUAACUCGAGGAGCCCUAUUAUCCCCAGUCCUUGUUUGUCCAGCAAGGAAGAUCAUAGUGAGAAUUCUUCUGAGAAUGGGGCUGAAUUCGGUUUGUUCAGUCACGGGAGAUUAGUUGAAAGAAUUACAGAGGAAGAAGCAUGUGCGGCUGCUUUGACAAAUGUUGUGAUUGCAGAUGAGGAGAUAAAUUGUAAUGCUAGAUCAUCCAAAGGGGAUGAGCAAGGAGCUUGUAUGAAUGGUUUGGUCGAAAAUGUUGCUUCAGAGGAGGAGAUGGGUGCUUCGGUGGAGCCAGGAAGCUCUGCAAUUCAAGAAGCUAAGGAUGAAACAAAUGUUGGUGUAGAUAAUUCUGAGUUGAAUGUUAGUAAAGAUGCAUUGUCGGUUGUGUUAGAGACGCCGCAGAAAGUUUCUCAGCGUAUCUUGGAAAGACCUCGAGAAAGUAAGAAUGUGUUGAAACAAUUGAGUGUGGUGAAAAAGGAAAAUCCGAAGUUGAAUACGCGGCAUGUACCUCAAAAGGUAACUCCAAUGAACAAGGAGAGAAACUCGUCCAUGACAAGAAAGAAAGUCAUUACACCUCCAACCAAACCAUUGCCAGCAACCACUCCUAGACACAUGAGGCCUACAUCGGUCUCAUCACCUAUAUCUGCCUCUCAAUUGAAAAAGAAGGUGAAUCAUUCGGCACCACCAAAAACGAAGAGUUCUCAGGUUGGACAAAGCAAGAAAGUAGCUCCCGCUCCCACCUCGAUGCACAUGUCUCUUAGCUUGGGUCCUGCAGAGUCUCUUGGUGCUCUCCCUAUGACCAGGAAGUCAUUGAUAAUGGAGAGCAUGGGGGAUAAGGAUAUUGUCAGACGAGCUUUCAAGACUUUCCAGAAUCGCACCAAUGGAUUUGCAACCGAUGAAAAACCAACCACAGUAAAACAUGGAGUAUCAUCUACUGCUCGUGAACCAAAGACGUCCAGUUAUCGCAUUCCUACAAAGGGGAAUGAAGGGCUGAGAAAGGAAGCUGAAAAGAGAACUAGUCAAAGGAUCCAGUCAGGAACGAGAUCAAAUCCUCUGUCUACUGGAUUGCAUAAAAGCACUGCACUGGAUAAGAAAAGUCCCACAACUCCCUCACCGGCUGCAGGGUUGAGAAGCGAUGAUAAAGCUGUGAAGCGUAAAGAGGUAUGUCCAACAAUCGUACCAUUUCUCAACAUGCAUGGAGGCAGCGUGGUUUCCGUCGGCAGCCUUGGACGUCGGAGAGUUUUUCUGAGUAGCUGUGAGGUUGACGCCUGCGCAUUGCUCGCGCCGUCCUGGUCUUAA